AUGUACUUCGUGGAAGGUGGCCUGGGAAGGCGGAGGCCUUGGGCGGAACUGGGCCAGAAGUUCCAGAAUGAUGCAGGGCUGGUCUUUGCCGUCUUUCUGAGUUUGCACCUGCUGACUCUGUCCAGCAAUAUCAUCAUCAUCGUGACUGUUAUUCGUCUGGACCAUCACCUCCAUACCCCCAUGUACUUCUUCCUGAGCAUGCUGUCCCUCUCUGAGACCUGCUACACUGUGGCCGUCAUUGUGCUUUCCGGCCUCCUGAGUCCCCACCAGCCCAUCUCCAUCCCAGACUGUGCCACUCAGCUCUUCUUCCGUCUCACCUUCGGCACCAACAACUGCUUCCUGCUCAUGGCCACGGGGUAUGACUGCUACGUGACCACCUGCAAUCCCCUGUGGUAUUCAGUCGUCAUGAGUAAAGAGGCCUGUGUCCAGUUAGCAAGUGGCUCCCUGGGAACUGGCCUGGGCGUGGCCAUUGUCCAGGUAACAUCUGUGUUUGGCCUGCCCUUCUGUGACUCCCUUCAUUCAUCGAUGAAGAGAGAGAACCAUACCGCGGUGGGUGAAUUUGUUCUCCAGGGUUUUUCCAGCUUUCGUGAACACAAGAUCAUCCUCUUUGUGAUAUUUCUUACCUUGUACCUUUUAACUCUGGCUGGCAAUGUCAUCAUUGUGACAGUCAUCAGCUUUGCUCGUCACCUGCACACCCCCAUGUACUUCUUCCUUGGUGUUCUUUCCACUUCUGAGACUGUCUACACACUGGUCAUUGUACCGCGGAUGCUUUGCAGCCUCACAGGCCUGAGUCAGCCCAUCUCCUUGGCUGGCUGUGCCACCCAGAUGUUCUUCUUCAUCACCUUGGCCAUCAACAACUGCUUCCUGCUCACGGCGAUGGGGUACGACCGCUACGUGGCCAUCUGCAACCCCUUGAGGUACACGGUCAUCAUGAACAAGAGGGCCUGUGCCCUGCUCGUAUCAGGGGCUUGCAGUAUUGGGCUGUUUGUGGCCAUAAUUCAGAUUUCCUCUGUAUUCAGACUGCCCUUUUGUGACAGAGAGGUGGCCCACUAUUUCUGUGACAUCCGCCCAGUUAUGAAACUCUCCUGUGCUGAUACCACUCUACAUGACAUAAUUAAUUUUAUCAUCAGCUCACUCGUUAUUGUGGUUCCCAUGGGCCUGGUCUUCAUCUCCUACGUCCUCAUCGUCUCCACCAUCCUCAAGAUCCCCUCCGCCCGGGGCCGGAAGAAGGCCUUUGCCACCUACGCCUCUCACCUCACAGUGGUCGUCGUCCACUACGGCUGUGCCUCCGUCGCCUACCUCAAGCCCAAGUCAGAGAACACCAGGGAUCAGGACCAGCUGAUCUCGGUGACCUACACCGUCAUCACCCCCCUGCUGAACCCGGUUGUAUACACCCUGAGGAACAAGGAGGUCAAGGAUGCUCUUCACCGUGCUAUUCGCAAAAACCCUCUUGCUUAG